AUGGAUGUAUGGGACUCGGUAGCACGCAACCACAACACUCUGGAGGAGUUUGACAGACGCCAUUUCGACGGCAAGAAAGCCCAGACCCGUUUCAACAUACUACUCCGUGACCACAGCGACCGUAAUGCUGCAUUGCAGCCAGCGUCAGGCGUUGACGAGGAAGAGAGCGACAAGACUGUUUUCCUGGAUGACCUGUGCGCUCAAGUUGACGACGCCAAGCAAGAGGAGGCACGCCGGGCGGCCAUGGAGAUAGAGGCAGGUGAAUGGGCUGAAGAGUCGGUGGUAAUUGUACGAGAGGAAGCAAUGAAGUCCUUAGGGAAGCGAAAAACAAGAGAAGGUGACGAAGAAACAAGCGGUGGCAAAAUGUUCAAGGUGUUGUCGCUUAUGAACGAGGCCAACAAGGGUCAACUCGAGUUGCGAAAGUACAUGUUUGAGAAGGAGAUUGAAGAAUGCCAAAAAGAUUGCGAGGCGCAAACCAAGGAACUAGAAGGCCAAGCAAAGGAGCGCGAAUCCCAACUACAAUACAUCCAAAUGUUGCAGGCUUCAAUAACUGCCAUUGUGACUACAUUGGUGAAUAAACUUUAA